CCCAUGAUGCUUCUGCAAGGAUGUAGCUGUCAGCUGGAGGAGUUUAACAGAAAAGACUUAAGGAUGUGUGAACAUGGAGAUGGAGAUGCAGAAGCGAGCUCAUCUGCCACUCUCAGACCCCCUUUUGCUCUGGGUAGAGCACUGCCAGGCCGAAUAUCACUGAAUCCACCCCCACCAGGCAGACUGACCUCUCUGCGCUCCAGAGAUCUGACCCUGGGUGGAUAUAAAAAGAAAACCUUUAUACCAAAUGUUCACUCUGUUCGCAAAACUAAAGAUGAGUUACAGGAGGAGAUGCACACUGCACCAAAGAAAGAGAGAAGAGAGAGGGAAGACAGACAAAGAGAGAGACGGCGACGAGAAAAACCUCAGACCAUUCAGUCUCACUCCAUCUUUGAGCAGGGUCCAGCAGACACAUACAGGAAGCUCGGUAACUGGAGCGGCUCUAACCUGAGUGAUUGUGAUCCUGCACUCGUCACAAAAUGCAUUAAAAAGGAAAAGAACAACGCAGAGGAUGAAGAUAAUGAAAUUUUACAAAAACUCCAACGAGAUGAUUUUUUGGAUGAUCCUGGAUUAAAAAAUGAUCCCAAGCAAAGACCAAUCAGACUUCCACUCUAUCAGUCAUGCAGCUUCCUGUCAACAGAUGCAGCUAGUUCAUUUAAAGAAGAGACAGCAUCUGAUAAUGCACUUAAAUCAGCCAAAGCUGAGCAGAAAUCUCCUGUGCCAGUGAGGGGCACGUCUGCAUGUCCGCAGCAGCCAACGGUAGGAGAACUGUUCCAACAGCUGAGUGUUUUGGAUAAGGAAGAACUACUGUUUAUUCAACUUCCUGAUACCAUACCUGGUCAACCUAAAACCUCGAGCCCAGAGAAACCCAGAAAGGAAGGCAAGACCCAAGAUAAGCGCUCAACACAAAUGAAAACUCUGGAUCAGCCUGAUAAAGCCGCUGUACCUGUGCUGUCAGACUUCUCAGAGGGUCUGAUUGGAAAACUGCAAAUUAGAAAGUCUGGUAAAGUUCAGCUGGUCAUGGGAAAUGUUACAUAAGAUGUCUCAGAGGGAGCGGCCUUCUCUUUCCUACAGCAACUAGUCUGUGUGCGGAUGUCGGAGGGCCUGACCGGAGACAUGACUGUGCUUGGAAACAUCACACACAAACUGGUGUGUUCACCUGAUUUUGAGACUUUGCUGCAAGAAGCCAAACUGCCAUCUGAUCCCAGCUCGGCUUCAAAGUCCUGAUUUUAUCCCACUAGAAUAUUUAAAACUAUGUUGUAAAUAACUGUUCUUAAAUGUAAAAAAUGUGAGGUUUCAUGCCCUGAGUUGACAAUUGCAUUAUAGGAUAAUAUUCAGCCUAAACCUGAGGCCACUUGAUUUGUAUUUAAAGGGAUAGUUCACCUAAAAAUGAAAAUUGUCAUUUACUCACUUUUCAUGUUCUAAGAGAAAUUUUGAAAAAUCUUCAAGACGUUUUCUCUCAAUAUAAUGUAAUUAGAUGUACAUUUGCCCAUUUGGUGAUUGAGGAAAAGAGCAGCUCAGACAUUCUUUAAAAUAUCAUAAUUUGUUUUAUACAGGAUGAAGAAAGUCAUACAGGUUUGGAGUGUGAGGACGAGUAAAUGACUAAUUUUUCACUUUGGGGUGUACUAUAUCCCUAACCUUAGCACACUGAUGAAAUUUUAAACGUUUUGAUGAAGUUGUAUAGCAUUCUUUUGUAAAUAGCUCCUGUUGCUUUUAUAGAAAAUCUUAAUGUUUAUUUUGUAAGUAAAGACAUUAUACAAAACAUGGCAUCCUCUUUUAAAGCAUGAUACACAAACUCAUUCUAAGCAAAUGGAAACUGAUGUCAGUCUUACGUUUCAUAGCCAG